AUGAGAAACGGCAAUGUUCGAUAUGUUUUUACUCAAUGGUCCUUUGACCUAAAACUAGAUAAUUCUACAAGGACGGUUAAGCCAGUUGCUAGUGAAAAGGCAUCUCAUACACGUGGCGACGCAAAAACUCUCAUUGAUGACUCGCAAACACGAGAUCAUUCUGCAGUCGGAGGUGUUUAA